AUGUUGGUAUGUAUCAUUCUCUUUAUCUAUCUAUCUAUCUAUCUAUCUAUCUAUCUAUCUAUCUAUCUAUCUUAUCUAUCUAUCAUUACACGUUUCUUUACUUUAUUAUGUGAUAAAACAUUUUCAGUGAUUAUUAAUGUCACAAAGAUCCAUUCUUUCUUUUUUUUUAUUCGUUUUAUUUUACGCCACUUAUGUCUUUCUUCUUCUUCUCUCUUUCAUUCCUUCAUUUUUGCUAAUUUUUUAUUUCCUUUUCUUUUAUUAAUCUUUCUUUCAUUUUUAGGGACGGGGAGGGAUAAUAACGACUCGGACAUUGCUUCUAUCUAUCUAUCUAUCUAUCUAUCUAUCUAUCUAUCUAUAGUCUUAAGUUCAUAUCUAUCUAUCUAUCUAUCUAUCUAUCUAUCUAUCUAUCUAUCUAUCUCAUUUUCUACCUAUCUAUCCACCUUUGUUCACAUCUAUCUAUCUCAUUUUUUUAAACUUUCUAUCUAUCUAUCUAUCUAUCUAUCUAUCUAUCUAUCUAUCUAUCUAUCUAUCUAUCUAUCUGACGUUGCUUCUUCACUAUCUCGCUCUCUCUUCCUCUCUCUGUUUCUCUUGCUGUGUUGUUCUUUCUUCAUUUUUCGUAAAUAUGAACUCUUUCUUUCUUUAUUUCUUUCUUUCUUUCUUUCUUUUUCUUUCUUUCUUUCUUUCUUUCUUUCUUUCUUUCUGUCUCUCGUAAAUAUAAAUUCUUUCUUUCUUUCUUAUUUCUCCCUGUCUCUUCCUUUCUUUCUCUCGCUCUCUUUCUCUUGCUCUGUUUUUCUUCAUUUAUUAUUUGUAAAUAUGAACUCUUUCUUUCUUUCUUUUCUUCAUCUUCCAUUUCUUUCUUUCUUUCUUUCUUUCUGUCUCUUUCUUUCUCUCGCUCUCUUUCUCUUACUGUGUUAUUCUUCAUUUAUUUUUCCUAAAUAUGAACUCUUUCUUUCUUUCUUAUUUCUUUCUGUCUCUUUCUUUCUCUCGCUCUCUUUCUCUUGCUGUGUUGUUCUUUAUUCAUUUUUCGUAAAUAUGAACUCUUUCUUUCUUUCUUUCUUUCUUUCUUUUCUUCCUCUUCCAUUUCUUUCUUUCUUUCUUUCUUUCUUUCUGUCUCUUUCUUUCUCUCGCUCUCUUUCUCUUGCUUUUCAAAUAGCUAUCUAUCUAUCUAUCUAUCUAUCUAUCUAUCUAUCUAUCUAUCUAUCUAUCUAUCUUAGGCUAUUCAUUAUCUAUUUCAGCCUAUUUAUAUUUAACUAUCUAUCAUAUUUAUAUCAUAUCAUAUCUAUCUAUCUAUCUAUCUAA